CCCGGAAGUAGUUCGCAUCGACAGACUGCUCGCAUUUAAUUUUCUUGUUGGUAUAUCUAUCGCGAUUAAAGGACUCAAAAAAACAAAAUGUCGGAGCAAACCUUAACAGUGACAGUUGCCUACGGAUCUGCUAAGCACAGCAUCACAUUAACAGGUCAGGAUGGAGACAAGGGCCCCCUUGUCAAAGACCUGUCUGAUGCUCUCACCCAAGUUACAGGAGUGCCAACAGCUUCACAGAAACUAAUCUUCAAAGGGAAAUCGCUGAAGGACAUGGAUGAGAGUCUCUCUAGUUAUGGAGUUAAAGAAGGCUGCAAACUGAUGAUGAUUGGAAAGCGGAACAGUCCGGAAGAAGAAGCUGAACUGAAGAAGCUGAAAGACAUUGAGAAAUCUGUUGAACAAACUGCAAAAAAGCUAGAAAAAGUUGAUGGGGAAUUGACUGGGCUCAAAAAUGGGUUUCUGGCUAAAGAUCUCCAAGCAGAGGCACUCGGUAAACUGGACCACAGGGUCAAAAUAGCAGCUGAACAAUUCAUGAAGAUCCUGGAGCAGAUAGAUGCAAUGAGCAUCCCGGAGAAUUUUAAUGACUGCAGAAUGAAGAAAAAGGGGCUGGUAAAAACAGUGCAGGAUUUCCUGGCCCAGUGUGAUAGGAUCGAGGCUUGCAUAUCAGACCACCUAUCAAAGAUCCAGUCCAAAAACUUGGCCCUGGCAGAGUAGAUUAACAGCCUUCCUAUUGUUGUGUUAAACAAUGCUCUGUGAGCAGCUUCAAAGUGUACAGAAAAGCUUCAGGUGUGGAGCACAUCAUGUGUUUAUUUAUUGUUGAUGUGUGUGAUGUAAGAAAACCCUCAUCACUGUGAGCAGAGGACGUUGGGUAACUGUUACCCCUUUUCCACCAAAGAUGUUUGAGGGAGAUGGUGCCUAAUCUUGAACCUGUUUUAUAUGUUUCAACAGCCAAAGAAAUGGCUCUCAUUCAGGAAAACUGGUUCCAGAGUGGCACAACACAAGAGUUAGUGUUUAGUCUUCCUUAUCUCAGAAGUGUUUGGAUGACAAUUUUAACUUGCAAACAUUUGGUAAAGAGAUAAUGUAGUUCAUGUCAUUGAUGUUGUGGGGUUUAACUUGGUGCUAGUUAUCCUGGAAAAGUAGAGACAUGCACAAUGAUGUACUGAUGUCACUUAAUUUUAUGGAAAUUCUCCAGCUUGCAAAACAGUUCUAGGUUUGCCGAAAGUCAAACCAACUCUAAACUGAUACUAACCAGCAUAACUAGCCUAGAACUAGUAUUGGGUUCACUUUGGUGGAAAGUGGGUAUUUGCGCACCAACUCUAGCACAUCUGGGAUGUAUUCUCAGGGUGAAAGACAGUCAUGAGGUUCUUACUGAGAUGUAACAACAAACACCAUGUGAAAAGAGCAAUGGUGUUUUUAAAUGUCUGUGUUUAAAAGUGUUGAUCCCUUUAAAACACCCAAAACAAAUGCUGUAAAUCCUCAUACCAAAUGUUAUCUAACUGAAGAUUAAAAUACAACUAUCACCUAUAUAUAUCUAAAGAUGAACACAUAUCCUUUUGACUUCCAAAUCAGGAUUAAACUGAUUGUCUUAUACCUAAGGUUUCUGCAGGUUAAAUGUAAGACCUGAUUAAGACUAUGAUGAAAGCAAUUUGAGACCUGUCUUGACUUGGUGAUGCUCCAGAUGUAAAUACAGACUAUUGGUUGAGGGAAGGCCUUUAAUGGAGUUUUUUGGGGGGGUUUUAACCAGAGCUUUUUUCCCCUCCUGUGUAACUGAUGACUAUUUACACAUGAGCAUUUUAGUCCACAAGUUGCAGCGUAUGUCAAAAUUAUUAAACAGGUUUUAAUCAGGCACUCAGUUCAGACAAUUAAGGCCUCUCAAAGUCAAGAGAUUUUUAAGGCUUAAAAUUUAGAUGAUUUGAUUUAGGUAUUUUAAGGACCUGCAGAAAUCUAAUCCUGUUUCCUUGAAAUUGUGUGAUGUGGAGAUUAUAACUGCUUUAAACCACCACAAGACUCAACAUGUUUUCUGUUUGUUUUAAAAUAAGAAAUCUGGCAAAAUUAAAAGCACAUUAGUAAUUUAAUGUCAGGGACUUUAAUUGUCUACAAAAUACACAUUUGGUGGCACCAAAUUAGUCACAAUAACACACACCUUGUUUCAGUUUAUUUCCAGUUUUACCCUUGGGAGUCUUUAUUAUACAUCUUUAAAAGCUAAUAAGACUCUCAGUGCUGUGAUCAUAGAUGUGCAAAUAAGCUUUGUAAGAGUUGAGAGAAUGAAAAAGGGGUCCAACAGUUAGCUUAUACAAAUGACUGUCAGUGAGGUAUACCAGAAUCAUGUACUGUCAUAAAUAACAGGAUUAAGCUGUUCUAACUUAAGUGAAAGACCCAUUAAAGAUACUCAUGAUGUGAA